CCACCUACCCCCAAAUGCCUAACUCCUUUAAAAGAUCUCUCUUUUUCUCUGCAGAUGAUUCUCUCUCUCUUCCUCUGAUUCUCAAUCCUCUGUUUUCUCCAUUUCCUCUGUUUUUCCUUCAUCAAUGGAAUCCUCACAAUUGUUAAUGAGAUCAUCUUCUUACUCCCCUGCAAUAGGGUUCCUCCACCAUCGUCACGUGCUAUCAACUCCCAGACCCAUCUGCACUCUCCCUCCUUCUCCGUUAUCAAAAGCUUCCCUCUCUGUCCUCUGUUCUCUUCCACGCUCCAGAACAAGCUCUGUUCACGCCAUCACAACCCUCAAUGGAUCGUUGUCAGGGAAGAAGAAACGAGUAGACGAAAGCGAGAGUUUAACUCUCGAAGGCAUCAGAAACUCUUUGAUCCGACAAGAAGACAGCAUCAUAUUCGGUCUGUUGGAGAGAGCUAAGUACUGUUACAACGAAGAUACUUAUGAUCCCACUGCUUUCGACAUGGAUGGUGGAUUCAAAGGCUCUUUGGUUGAGUACAUGGUUAAAGGCACUGAGAAACUUCACGCUAAGGUUGGUAGGUUCCAGAGCCCUGAUGAACAUCCUUACUUCCCUGAGGAUUUGCCAGAGCCUAUGUUGCCUCCUCUGCAGUACCCAAAGGUUUUGCAUUUUGGUGCUGAUACGAUUAAUAUAAACAAGAAGAUAUGGAACAUGUAUUUUAGAGAGCUUCUACCAAGAUUAGUGAGGAAAGGUGAUGAUGGUAAUUACGGAUCAACAGCUGUAUGUGAUGCUAUCUGUCUUCAGUCUCUUUCAAAGAGGAUACAUUAUGGUAAGUUUGUGGCAGAGGCCAAGUUUCAAGCCUCUCCUGAGGCUUAUGAGUCUGCCAUCAAAGCACAAGAUAAGGGUGCGUUGAUGGGUAUGUUGACAUUCUCGACGGUGGAGGAGGCGGUGAAGAAGAGAGUUGAGAUGAAAACGAGAACAUAUGGGCAAGAAGUGAAAUUGGGGAUGGAGAGGAAAGAAGAAGAAGAAGAGGUGGAUGAAUCUCAUGUUUACAAAAUAAGUCCGAUCUUGGUGGGGCAUUUGUAUGGAGAUUGGAUCAUGCCGUUGACAAAAGAAGUUCAAGUGGAGUACUUGCUCAGAAGACUAGACUAAAAAACGAAAUGUCUUUGGUAGUAAAGUAGUAUUUGGAUUAUGGUUUUUUUCUUUAAAUGUUAUUACACUAUUAUGCUAUGUUAUGUUUAGUUCCACUGUACAAAGAAGAUUGCUAGUGGUUUUCAAGGUUACAUGCUAUAAAACAGUGUGGUUUUAUGUACAUACUCUCGAUUGUGAAAUCAAAGAGGAUGACUUAUUGUGGAUUUGGUGUCACGUGGAUAGUGAUUAUUGUAUAUUUAGUGUAGCUUUUGCAGUCCUCCAAGGGCUAAGCAAGCACACUGACACUCCCAGUCAUGCUGAUCUAAAAAAGAGUUAACAUUUUG